GUUGCCCCAGCCUCACCAGCACCGGCCGUCGCAGCAGAGUUGAGAUAGGGCCACCCACGGGUCACGCUGAUACCGCGCUGGGACAGCGUAUGUACAGCACGACACGGAAAGAAGCUGUCAUUAUUUGCCUGCCUCCUCGCAAAUUGCCGUAACAAAGCCCGACACGGUUAGCUUGCGUGGGACAUGGCGUACUCAGAGUAUUCUUUGGACGACGAGCUCGUGACUUUCUUCGCGAAAACCACUGCAAAUCGUUCGAGCUGCGAUGCGCGGGCGGAAGAGCUUGUCGGCGGCAAAGCUAUACCCGUUGCAGUGCAGGGAAAUUGCAGCUACUCCGUCUACGCUGGCGCGUGCCUGGAGUAUGUUGUUCAGUUUCGGCUGCAGUCUCUGCGACUGGAUAUGAGCAUCGCAUCGCUCGCGAGACAGGUAUAUGGGAGUCUGGCGCCAGCGGUCUCUUUUGAAGGCCGAAUUGGAAUAGAAUCAAGUGACAAAGAGCCGCUUCAUGUUCAUGUGAUGAGCCGUAUGAAGGGAGUGACUCAUUUGGACUUUAUUCUCUCCCAUGAUACACCCGACAAUUCGCAGGAAAGCUCCAUCAGACGUAAGAGAUUGAUGACUGGCGUGGCACGAUUCUUUGCUCUUUCGUGGAAGACGCCUCACCCAGUCGACCCAAGCUACCGCGCUGAUAUGAAGGAGAUCAUUGCCAACGAACUGCGGAUGCUGCUUGAAGCUCUCCCUGCGCGACUGCAUGGGGCUGUCCGGGAAUGCAUUGACUCCAUCGAUGCCGUAUUCUCACUCCCCAUGGUUCUUCUCCACAAAGAUUUCGGCACCUGCAACAUUAUUGUCGACGAAGUGACUUGCGACUUGGUCGGGGUCAUCGAUUGGGCCGAGGCGACAAUCUGACCCUUUGGCUUAAACCUGCAUUCUCUGCAGGGCCUCACCGGAAAACUUCAUCUUCGGCACGGCUGGAUACGGUAUGAAGACUAUCACGAUCUGCACAGCCUCUUCUGGAAAACCUUCAAGGAUGAAGUGGGCGGGCUAGGAGACGAAUCCCUCGAAGCCGUUCGCAUGGCUAGGAUCAUGGGCUUAUUGCUGUCGAGAGGAUUUACGGGUCGCCUGGGGGCGGAGCCAUCUCCCAUCAGAGAUGAUGAAAACGGCCGAUAUAACAUGUUGUCGCUGGAUGGAUUUUUGUUGAACCGUGACACGAAGUUUGAGGGCAUCCAUUGACGCUGGGAGC